CUCAGUCCUCCUCAUUUCAUUUCGGGUCACUCAAAUCUCUUCGAUUCCGAUCAACUUCACCAGAAGAUUGAAAUCGAGAAUCAAUGGAUUCCACGCGUAAAAGUAAUUCAGAAGAACAAGUUUCAUCUUCGUCUUCACCAUCAUCAGAUUGGAAGGAACGGUUUCUUCUGCCGACUCUCUUAGCUGGGGUGGCUGGUGGAGGAGCUGGUUUGGUAUCAAAGCAUCGGAAAGUUCAUGGCUUAGCAAACAUUUGUGCAACUUAUGCAACUAAUUUUGCUAUUGUCACUGCAUGUUAUUGCGGUGCUCGUGAGUUCGUAAGAGCAAGUAGAACAGGAAAGCCUGAUGAUCUGCUGAACUCAGCAAUUGGAGGUUUCGGUAGUGGUGCUAUACUUGGACGUCUGCAAGGUGGUCAACUUGGUGCUGUUCGUUAUUCUGUCAUGUUUGCAGUUGUGGGAACAACAGUUGAUUAUGCUACUAUAAGAGUAAAACCAGCCUUGAGAAGCUACUACGACUCUCUGGUCAAUAAGAAAGAUGAUUGGCUAAAACUUCCUGAAUGGUCGCCUAUCCAAGUUCUUGAUGAGGAAGCUAUUGCUGCAAAGCGUGCUCGGGAAGAGGAGCUAUACAGAAGUGUCCACAAUCUGAAGAAGGACUCAUGAUGGAGAAACAAAUCGAUAUCCUUUGGAGACAAGAUCUUUCUUUUGAUUGAGACACUUAGUGCAGUUGCCUGGCUGUUACUGGCACAGAUCGUAGAAACAGAAAAUGGCAAGGCAUCUGAUGGGUGUUCAACAUUUUUCCGAGCUUACAACGCAAGUUGAGUUGCACUGAAGGAAAGUACAAAUCUGGAAUAAAUAUUUGCUAUGUUAUGGCAAAAUAA